GAAGCGUUACGGUGUCGUUUGCUGUGUUAGAAAACCUAGACGGAGGAGAUGGCGAAGAAGCGAUCAGCGCCGGUAGGCGGUCGUCGGGAAAACCGAGUGGAACCGCCUCCCCCACAGGUCAACUCAGCUUCCGGUCGCAGAAAUCUCAUUCUCUUCUUCAUCACAUCGUCCAUUAUUGCUACCGUCGCUUACCGGUUCAGACAAUCUUCUCCUCCGCAAUACCAAGAAUCUUACGUGUAUGAGCAAGGCCUUGUCACAAUCCAUGCUAAUUACCAGGAUGUACUCACCGAAAAUUCCAAAGUAUCAGAAAAUACCUCUCAGCGCCAUUAUAAUUAUCCUGUGCUUGGCUACAUUACUCCCUGGAAUUCUCGAGGUUAUGAAUUGGCAAAAAGGUUCAACUCUAAAUUCACACAUAUAUCACCCGUUUGGUAUGAUCUAAAGAGCCAACAGACUAGCUUAGUUCUAGAGGGGAGACAUAAUGCUGACAGAGGAUGGAUCUCAGAGCUUAGAAAGUCAGGAGAAGCUUUGAUUUUGCCUAGAGUUGUUCUGGAAGCAUCGCCAGCUGUGCUGUUGGGGAAGGAAAAACAAAGGAACAAAGCCAUUAAACUUAUAGUAACAGAGUGCAAGGAAAUGGGAUAUGAUGGUAUUGUUUUAGAAUCUUGGUCAAGGUGGGCAGCCUACGGUAUCUUGCAUGACCCAAACAUGCGGAAUUUGGCAUUGCAGUUUGUAAAACAGCUUGGAGAUGCACUGCAUUCUAUAGGCUCAGAGAAAAUUAGUGGCCAGAGGCUGCAGUUGGUCUAUGUUAUAGGUCCACCGUCUUCCGAGAAGCUGCAAGAGCAUGACUUUGGUCCUAAAGAUCUUGAGACAUUAAGUGAAGCUGUAGAUGGAUUCUCGUUAAUGACAUAUGACUUUUCUAAUCCUCAUAAUCCUGGUCCUAAUGCACCUUUGAAAUGGAUUCAAAUUGUUCUGAAGCUGCUUCUUGGUAACUCUGGCAGUAGAGCCCAAAGUCUUGCCCCCAAGAUACUUCUCGGCUUCAACUUCUAUGGAAAUGAUUUCUCCCUUUCAAGAGAUGCAGGUGGUGGUGGAGCUAUUAUUGGGAGAGAUUACCUGGCACUUUUGGAGAAGCAUAGGCCUGAACUGCAGUGGGAUAAGAAUAGUGGGGAACAUUUUUUCAUUUACAAUGACGACAAGGAUAUCAGACACGCGGUAUUCUAUCCAUCUUUGAAGUCAAUUUCUUUGCGGUUAGAAGAGGCUCGUUCAUGGGGAUGUGGCAUCUCGAUCUGGGAAAUUGGCCAAGGUUUGGAUUAUUUUUUUGAUCUUCUGUGAAACCCACGUAAGGGCAUACUUUCAGAAGUUUUAUUUGAGGAAAUUUGCCGUUAGUUCAGAUACAACUUGCAAAGAUACGAUGAUGUCAUAUAAAAAAUGGUUGGGUAGAAUUAUGCUCUAAAAACAUAUUUACUUGUUUUUUA